CCCCUUUUUUCUUUCCCUUUCUAAACUUCCUUAUUAUAUUAUUAUUAUUUUUUAUUUAAUACAAUGAUGUCCACUGUUAUGAAACCCGAUGAAAUAAGAGACUCUUUACAAAGUUCACCUCAAUCAUACUCUUCUCCUUCUACAGUAGGUGCUAUUCCUGACGCGAAAAAACCUGGAGAUAUCAUUGAACAACUUACUGACUUGGAUUGUGGAUUCCAAUGUCUUUUGGACAAAGUCAAAGAAGAUAUGCAAGCUGCAAAGGACGCUAGCUUCUUCCUAAAGAAACGAGCAGCUAUUGAAGAAGAAUAUGGGAAACAAAUGAUCAAAUUAUCACAAACAAUAUCAGAAACUUUUGAUAAAUCACAUCCAAGAUCAGGAACUUAUGGAGAUGCUUGGAUAUCAAUGCUCAAGGUUCAUGAAACGAUAGGUGAACAGAGAAUCAAAUUUGCCGGUAACAUUACAGAAGUAGCGGACGAUUUACAAUUGUUGUACAAGGAUACCGAAAGAGGAAGGAAGCAGGUCAAGGAUGCUGGUGGUAAACAUGAAAAAAUGUUGGGUGAUGCUGAUACUACUUUGGAAAAAAUCAAGCAGAAAUAUGAAUUACAAAGUGAAGACUGGGAACGCGCCAUUUUACAAAAGAACAACGAUCCUCUUCAUGUUCCCAAAAAAGGAUUAUUUAAAAACACAAAGACUCAAGCUCAGUUGAAUCGUAUGGAAGAAGAAGCAAGAUAUAAAGCAACCAUGGCUGAUAAACAUUAUCGACAACAACUUCAAACAACAAAUCAAUCAAGACAAGAAUAUUUUCAAGUUCAUUUACCCAAGAUAUUGGCAGAACUCAAGGCUGUCGGAGAUGAAUGCUGUGUUGCUUUACGAUAUCAAUUGGCAAGGUACUCUUAUAUUUAUGAAGAAGCUUUGGCGGCUGAUGGCAUUGCUUUAGAUAAUGAUGAUGGUUUGGGAUUACGAUCUUUAACGGAAAAAAUUGACAAGGAUGCUGAUUUGAUUCAAUACAUCAACUCUUAUCAAGGACGAUCUGGUAGAUUACAGAAAAACGAUAUUGAAUAUAAAGAAUAUAGUAUGUCUAUCUCCACCAUGAAUGCACCCAAUCCCAAUCCCAAUCCUGUAUUUGGAGUUGAUUUGAAUACAUUGAUGACUCGAGACCAACAAGAAGUUCCAUGGAUUUUAAGAAAAUGCGCUGAAGCAGUGGAAACGUAUGGGUUAAAUGUGGUAGGAAUCUAUCGAUUAUCUGGAACCAAUAGUCAAAUUCAAAAACUGAAAGCUGCUUUUGAUCGUGAUUGUGUUGGAGUCAAUCUCAAUUCCGAAGAAUAUAUCUCUGACAUCAAUAACAUUACUAGUGUAUUGAAACUUUGGUUCCGUGAAUUACCUGAUCCUUUAUUCCCCAGCAAUGCUUAUCAACAUUUUUUGAAUGCGGCAAAAAUCGAAGAUGACAAUAUGCGUGUUUUAGGAUUACAUACUGUGAUUAAUGAUCUUCCUGAUGCUCAUUAUGCAACUCUGAAAUUCUUGAUGUGUCAUUUAGAUAAAAUCCAAAAACAUCAACGAUAUAACAAGAUGGGUGCAUCCAAUCUGGCAACGAUAUUUGGUAUGACUUUGAUGGGAAAUGAACCUGGAGGUGGUGUUUCUGGCAAUCUACAUCCCAUGGUAAAUCAAGAUAAUCAACGGUUUACUGAAACUCAAUGGCAAGUCAAGGUUGUACAAACUAUUUUGGAAAAUUAUGCUUUGAUAUUUGAAACUGAACAAUGAUUUAGCCAGAAAAGACUUCUCACUAGUUUACAUAUAUACAUACAUUCAUACACAUCUAUCUCCUUGUUGAUAUCCUUUUCUUUUUCUUUUUUUUUUUUUAAUCUUUUCAAUAAAAUAUCUUGC